CGCGCUUCUGAGCAUUUGGAAGAAGUUAGGAAGGAAAUACUAGAAUCGUUUCAGAACAGAGAACAGCCGAGAAUUAAGCGACAAAUCGUAGAGGACGCUGAUAAUUGUGAUGAAAAUCAAACUGUUCUCAAUCGCGCGGCAAAAUCACUAAAAUUUGGAAACACCUCUGCAAUUUCUCCGCAAAGCUCGUUGGGUUUAUUCAACUCACCGACUAUUCCUAUUGGGAAUGAGUUGCCGCAUAUUAUAACAGCACCAAAACAUCUCACUUCGACCCCUAUUUCUGAAGGAAAUAUUUCUCGGGAACUUGCAGAUUCGCCAACUGUUAAGUUGUCAGUGCGAUACCCCAGCAAAACCCUCAACAAGACACUUUGCAAGAGUUUAAAGUCGAUUGGAAAGACCUUGGCACAUGGUAAUCCAUCACAAAUCGCAAAUGCUGUGAUGAACUGCCCAACUGUUAAAGAAUAUGUACUCAAAAAAACGCUGUCACUUCUGAACAAAGAAGUCAUAAGUUUGUGCUCUAAGAAUAGCCCUUCAAUGUUGAGAAAAACGAGUAAAGCGGAUUUGGAAAAGUUCGAUUUGGAGCUUCUAUGUAAUGAGUGGAGGGAAAAGGCGCCUUUAUUUUACUCCUUCCUCAUGACUGUUUCUGCGAAUAAGAGGACCAAAGGGAGUCUGUGGUUCGGCAGUGUUGCUAUAGCGGGAUCUGUACUACUCAAACAGAAGAAUGAGAAAAUGAAUGCUACAGCUGCAGUUCUUGGAAUUGUCAUGAAAAGCAAAUCAGUCGAA